AUGAAGGCCAAGCUUUUGCUGAACACAAAUAGCGCCAAAGGCCUCCUUACCAUAUUUAUACUUGUAUUGGCAUGGGUGGUGGGAUUUUGCUCCCGCCUCUUUUCGGUCAUCAGAUUUGAAAGCAUAAUUCAUGAAUUUGACCCGUGGUUUAACUACCGAGCUACUAAGCAAAUGGUUGAUAAUAAUUUUUAUGAUUUUCUUAAUUGGUUUGAUACUACCGCUUGGUAUCCUCUUGGCCGAAUCGUUGGUGGUACUGUAUAUCCUGGACUCAUGGUUACAUCGGGGUCAAUCCAUUAUAUUCUCCGAUUGCUCAAUUUUCCGGUGCACAUUCGCGAAGUCUGUGUUUUUCUCGCCCCCAUUUUCAGUGGUUUAACUGCCAUCAUGGGUUACCUGUUGACCAAAGAGCUCUGGAAUGAUCGCGCUGGCCUCUUUAGUGCUUGUUUUUUGGCAAUAGUUCCCGGCUACAUCAGUCGGUCGGUGGCCGGCAGCUACGAUAAUGAGGGGAUAGCGAUAUUCGCUCUACUACUUACCUACUUCCUCUGGCUACGUGCCGUACGCACGGGACAUCUUUGUUGGUCAGUGCUCUGUGCGUUGGCCUACCUCUACAUGGUCUCUGCGUGGGGCGGCUACGUUUUCAUCAUCAACCUCGUACCGCUGCACGUGUUCGUUCUCUGCCUUACCGGUCGCUAUUCCAUCCGCCUCUAUGUGGCCUACACUAGCUUCUACAUCCUAGGCCUCAUUCUAUCCAUGCAGGUCCCCUUUGUUGGCUUCCAACCGGUUCGGACAAGCGAACAUAUGGCUGCAGCUGGGGUGUUUGUACUCCUUCAGGCGGUGGCUUUCUUCAAUUACCUCCAGUCUCUUGCUCCCUCUGAGAAGCUACGCUCGCUCUUCACAAUGGCUAUAAUCGCGGUGGCCGGUUUGGUCUUCCUCGUUGUCUGCGGUCUUACUGUUGCUGGCGUCAUCGCGCCCUGGAGUGGUCGGUUCUACUCGCUGUGGGACACCGGCUACGCUAGGGUGCACAUUCCCAUCAUCAGCUCGGUGUCGGAGCACCAGCCCACUACCUGGACGUCCUUCUUCUUUGACCUUCACGUCCUUGUUGCGGUCUUUCCUGCCGGCGUGUGGUUCUGCUUCGCGGAGCUCAAUGACCUCCGCGUGUUUGCCAUCCUCUACGCCAUCUUCGCCUCCUACUUCGCGGGUGUGAUGGUGCGACUCAUCCUCACCCUUGCGCCCAUUGUCUGCGUCCUUGCGGCCAUCGCCUUCUCCCGUCUCUAUGAUGUCUACCUGAGGGAUGAUGCACUUGCUGGGGAGGAGAGUACUGAUUCAUGCAGCGGCGAGAAACAAACAAACAAGGGUGCGACAAAUCCGCGGGAGAAACAGCUUUAUGAUAAACCUUCGAAGGCAGCUUCAGACAAGCAUUCCCACGGCGUAGGUAGUGGCAAGAACUCCACCGACUCCUCUGAUAGCGGCAAUGGUGGGGGCGACGUCUUGGGCAUCAGCGUGCGCAAGGUGGUGGUAAUGGUGGCCACCUUCGUUCUCUUUCUCUUCAUGCUCCACUGCACCUGGGUCACCUCUAACGCCUACUCCAGCCCCUCCGUCGUCCUAGCUUAUCAAGGCAGCCAGGGUGAACGGAUCAUUCUCGAUGACUUCAGAGAGGCCUACUACUGGCUGUGGCAGAACACACCACCGGACGCCAAGGUGAUGUCGUGGUGGGACUACGGCUACCAGAUUGCAGGCAUGGCGAAUCGCACCACCCUGGUGGACAACAACACGUGGAAUAACAGCCACAUUGCACUUGUGGGCAUGGCCAUGUCCUCCAAUGAGACGGUAGCCUUUCGGCUGAUGCACUCCCUAGACGUGGACUACGUACUCAUCAUCUUUGGAGGAGUAAGUGGAUAUUCGGGUGAUGACAUCAACAAGUUUCUCUGGAUGGUGCGCAUCGCUCAAGGAGAGCACCCGAAGGACAUUCAUGAACAGGACUACUACACAGCUCAGGGCGAAUACCGCGUUGACCAUCAGGUGCCAAAGACAAUGGUCAACUCCCUGAUGUACAAGAUGAGUUACUAUCGUUUUGCGGAGAUAAGAUUGGACCCUCGUAUGCCAGCCGGCUACGACCGAGCGCGUAACACGGAGAUCGGAGUAAAGAACAUCGAGCUGACCCAUCUGGAGGAGGCAUUCACCUCGGAGCACUGGAUUGUGCGCGUGUUCAGGGUCAAGAAGCCAGUCAAUCGGUUGCGUGUAGCGCGUGGCGGCAGGCGGCGUAGCAGCUCUCGCAAAACAGCCUACGAUAGACGGGGACUGGUUGGUUCUCGUGCACGCAUCAUCAAGGGUACUAGGCCUGUUAAUCCCUCUGCUCCGGCGCUGUGA